AACCUCCCACAUAUAGAAUGGUACAGACGUUAGUCUAUUCACUUGUGUUUUCCUUCCCUGCCAACAAGUUAACCAUUCUUUGGUUUGUAGAAAAAAGAUCACUGCUUCAAGAGAAGAUCUGUGGAGGAACUCAAAUUUAAUGAAACCAUGAUAUUAGUCUGGCUCUGUUUGUUCACCAUCUCAGCUACAGUUGAAAUUUUGCAUGAUGAUCACUGGAUGCACCAGCCUGUAACGUCAGACAAAAUCGUGAAACAGAAUGAUACUGUUGUGCUGAACUGCACUGUUCAAGAUAAUGACGAAGGCACUCUACAGUGGUCGAACCCGCUGAUGCAGACACUGUACUUUGGUGACAAAAAAGCUUUACGAGAUAAACGGAUAAAGUUGAUGCAGUCCACUGACAAGGAACUAACCAUUAGCAUUAGCAGAGUGACCAUUGAUGAUGAAGGUGUAUAUACCUGUACCCUGAUGGCAUUCCCAGCACAUAUCGCAAAGGCUACAGUGACCGUCCUGGGUGUGCCCACAACACCCAAAAUUAGUGGAUACGGUGGGCCUGUGCAGGAAGGCGGCAGCGUUGAACUUGAAUGUGAGACAACUAACAGCAGACCACCAGCCAAGCUCCUGUGGUUCCUUGGAGAGCAGCAGUUGAACAGCUCUCAACCUUUUGUGGCCAAAGAGGCUAAUCACAAGACAUAUACAGUAAUCAGCUCUGUUGAAGUGACUGUUUCCAAAGAAGACAAUGAGGCCACGGUGCUCUGUGUUGUAGAACAUGAUAGCAUUGGUCCUAGAGAGAAGGUUGCAGAACAAAUAAUUGAAGUUCUCUAUCCUCCACUUGCAAAGAUUGUGUCAACUGCAGAAUUUCCAGAAGAAGGAGAAGAUUUCAGCCUCAUCUGUGAGGUGGAUGGCAACCCCAUGCCUAAUAGCUUCUACUGGGAAAAAGUCAAUGAAGAGCUUCCUGGCAAUACAUUUACAAUGGAAAACAGAUUGGUAUUUGAAUCGCUCAACAAAACAAAUGACGGGAACUAUGUCUGCUUGGUCAAGAACCUUUUAGGAUCCUCUAAGGCAAACUUUGCUCUCUUUUCAAUGGACUCACAAGAGACAGUGUCCCAUGCAAGCAGUAUUAAGCAUGAAGCACUUUUAACUUGUACACGGACUAACUUCAUCCGGGUACUUAUGGAAACUGCUGCUGUUACGUUGUACAUCAUGUUUUUUUUUCUCUGAAAAAAAGAAAUCUCUUUGAUGAGAGAAGUAAUCCUUUACUACUUCAGAUGAGGUGCAAAUAUUAAUAUUAUUCACACCAUUGCAUGACUGAUGAUCCUAAAAUUUUGAAUGUGAAUGAAAAAUGCCUACAGCUGGGACCUAAUUUUCAUGGAUUCAGUACAGUGAAAAGUACUUUCUCCAGAUUUGGAAAAUGUGCCCAUUCUGACUGGACCUUGGCAAGAAAGAGUAAAGCUGGCAUCCUAAAUAUAUGCAUAUACAAUAUCAUCAGUGUAAUGCCUAUCUCCUCCAUGAUAAAGAGACAUCCCAAGGCACAUUAUGCCACAAAUCUGGCAAAUAACAACAGCAACAUCCUCUUUGAUCAGCUUCUGCACACAUUAAACUAAACAUCUGUAACACUUUAUCAGUCUUUGCUUCAGCAAAAAAUCCAAGCCUGCCUUUGCUUUAUUUCUGUGUGUCUCAAUCAAAACCAAAGCAUUUACUGGCUCCAAUGCAGUCCUUCUUCAGGUUUAGUUAUUAAUUAUGCUGUUGCUUCUUGUUAGUUUAACCCUUUGCUGAUUGUGGUAGCUUAGCUGAGCCAAUAGCCUAGAAGAGGGGAAUACAAAGCCAAGACCUACAUGUUAACUGAACCAUCUUGUUACACUGCUCCAUACUUUCCAUGCAGUUAGUCUUCAGAUCCCUUCAAACCACACAAAUAGUCCACUGGUCAGCCUUCUGAACAAGAAACAUUACGGAUGGUAUGUGUGUAUUUAAUAGGUCUUUGGGAAAAUGCAGCGAGUCAAGGGCUUUCCCCUUGUAACUUUUUUCCUUGGGGUGUCAAGAUCAUUGACAUUCCAAUUUGUCCAUUUUUUUCCCAUCACUACUGCCACCCUCACAGUUGUAGUAACACAAUGAAACAGAGCAGCUGUUAACCUUCCUCCCCUCCUGAAUCGUAAAACAGGUCCCUUAAUGUUGAAUACAUUCCCACCUGUCUGAGCCUGCAUGUCCCAGUUUCAUUUCAAAACCCAGAUUGCUGAUAAGGUAGUCAGUAUUACUGGGGUCUAUAUUAGAACAUCGAAAGUUUAAAAUUUUGAAUGUUCUAAUACCGACCCCUAUUCAGCGAAUGCUGAAAAUACCGAACC